CCGAUCGCCACCCCCAGCGGUAAAUCCUCCGCCGAUCUCGAGCGCACAGCCAUCGGGAUCUGCAUCGGCGUACCCGCGCCCGACUCCGCCGUGGCUGAUGACGGCGGACGACUCGCCGCUGUCGCGCGCGUCGAUCUUGGCGAACCCGCCGACGCCGUACAGUGUCACUGAGCCGACGGUGGAGUUGCCGGCUGUUGAGAAGGCCGCGACGAGUGCUACGAGGGCUGGUGCUGGCGCUACCAAUGGUGUGGGUGCGGAAAAGGUGGCCCCGCGUGAGAGCGAUCCGGGGAGGGCGAUUUCGCCCUCUAGUAAGCGGGCGGCCGCGCGUGAGAACGGGGGGCCUAGGGAUAGGGAGGUGGAGAGUUUGACGCUGUCGAAGCGGGCUGGGGAGCGGGUGUCUGUUGUGGGCAGGGACAGGGACAGGGAGAGCUCGCCGACGAAGAAGGCGGCGGCACCCGUGCAGGAGGAGGCGCGGUUGGUAAAGUCGGCGUCGGCGUCGGGGAAGAAGGCGGAGUCGCGUGGAGUGGGGCGCAAGACGUCGGAUAGAGCUGCCGCUGCUCCGGCGGCACCUGUGGUACCUGUGGCUAAUGGUGUCUCUGCGCAGGCGUAUGUGAGCAACUCUCCGGAUGCGCCGAGGAGGAGGAGGACGAAGGAUAAGGCGGAGAAGUAUGAGAGGGUGGAGCGCGCGGAUAGGGAGCGCGAGCGCGAAAAGGAGAGGGCGGAUAGGGCUGAGCGGGCUGAGAGGUCGGAGAGGCGCGAGCGCGAACGGGAGCGUGGCGAGAGGUAUUAUGAACGGAGCGAGCGGUAUUAUGAGCGGGGCGAGCGGACAGAGAGGGAGAGGGGGGAAAGGAGUGAGCGGGCGGAACGGUCGGAUAGGACUGAGCGGGAAAGGGCAAAGUCAGGCAGAGACAGGGAGAGGGAGCGGGAGAGGGAGAGGGAGAAGGAAAGGGAGCGGGACAGAGACAGGGAGCGGUAUAGAGAGCGGGACAGGGACAGCAAACGCGACAGUAGGCGGGAGUCGAGGCGGGAGCAGUACGACGUUGCGGAUAGCCGACGACGGGUGACGAGCCAAGGCGCGCACCAGACGCCGGCCGACGAUGGCAACAGGUACUCGAGGGGACGGGGCGCUGAUGUUCCCCAGCCCCAGCCUCAGCCGCGUGCUGGUCCUUCGUCCAGGGAGAAGCCGCGCAGCCCGAUCCGGGACGAGGAUUUCCAGCCGUACUACCCAUCUGGUGUUCGGAACAGCGUCGCCUCCAGCCAGCUCGACUCUGCUCAUGCCGCUCGCCCUGUGUCGAACGUAUACACGACGUCUACCCACGAGCGCAUGUCCACCUCGGGCCGGCCCACGUCCGAGCUCCCGCCUGCUUCUGAGCUCAACGCGUUCCGCGCCCGCGAGCACUGGGAGAUGGACCGCCUCUGGAAGGGCCGCAGCAUGUACCAGGGCCAGCCGGAGACGACCGUGAUCGCCUCCCCUCAGAGCGUCGUCGGCGCCCAACUGACCAACGGCGACGCCCGCAACCACCACGCCUCCAUCACCGCCCAUGGCUCGAACCACACGGCCUACGUUGUCCAGCCGCUGCAGGCGCACGCUAUCCCCGCUAACAUGUUUUACGCGAACAUGCCGUCUGCCCCGCCCCCGAUUAUCUAUGCCGCGACGUCGCCCCCUGGACAGCUGCCGCAGCAGCACUACCAGCAACAGCAGCAACAGCACGCGUCGCGCCCCGAGUUCACGUCGCUUCCCAGCUCGUUCGUUUUUCCCUCCAAGGACACCGCUGCCGCCGCCGCGUCCCCCACCACUACCUCGGGCGGCACGUCGGGCUCCCCGCCCCCGCGCAACCCCCUCCCGCCCCCGCCGCGCGAGUCGAACUACCAGGCCGCGCCGCUACCGGACUACAGCGGAUCUGCGUCUGAGUACUGGACCAAGCACGCUAGCGUGACCACGCACUGAGUAUUUCUUGUUCUCGACGUACUGUGCAUCAUACCCCCGCAAACCCCACCCACGCUACCCCUACCUACCCACUCAACUAGCUACUUACAAUUUAUGACAUUAACUUAGACACAGCAGCCUUACCUACCUACCCUACCUACUCACUCUGCAUUCUCUUGUCACGACCACACUUUACGACGGUUUCAAAUUCCCAUUUACGUCUUUCGUUUUCUUUUUCUGCUGCUGCUGCUAUCAGUGCUGCUUUUUGGGCUCGGGAUGUUACGAAAAACUCUGCUUUUUUUCUCUUCUGUUUGUUUGUUUUACGACGUUAUAUUUCCACUGCGGUGUUAUUCAUUCACCACCGCCGUUACCGCCGCCGACCAUCGCCAGGACUCUGAUACGAGACGUUGCUCUGUAUUUGUUCACCCAGCUGCUACUGCGAGCGUUGCUUUUGUAGUGAACCUGUGAUAGCGAGGGCAUUACCACCACCACCACCAC